AGUUAGUAAUGAAAAUGAAAAGAAUGAAAAUUUCCACAACUGCAAAAGUUCCUUUACUUGGAGGAGACUUAAAUCUACCAAGUGGUAAAAAGAUCAGUGAUAUAUUGUUACCUAUAUAUAAGGAUGCCAAUGAAAAUGACUUGAUCAAAAUUGGAGUACUUGACUUAGAUAACCCAAGAUAUAAAGAUCCUUCCUACAAUGAAUUACUAAUUUAUAAAAGAACAUUGGAUGACCUUGUUUCUUCCAAGAAAAUUGGAAAACAGAUAUUUCAAAGGAUAGAUGAAAUAAAGAAAAUUGAAGGUUUUGAAGAAGCACAAAAAAACUUAAAGUUAUGGUAUAAAGAUGAUGAUUUAUUUUCAACAGAUUUUGACCCCAUGAUAAUGACAUUUCUUCGAAGACUUGUUGAGAAAAUUCUAUGUUAUUUUAAUCUUAAUUCAAGCUAUUGGGAAUUAAAUCAUUCUGAAACACAUAAGCACAGUGGCUUAUUUUUUGACAUUUUCUGUGAUCUCUUUUAUAAUAUAAGUUAUUCUAUAGAGGGACAUAAGGGUUUACGGGCAAACAAAGAACGUCGUAACUUAUUAAAAACAAUUGAUGAAAAUGUUGAGAAGGCUCUUGUGCCAGAUAUUACUAUUGAGGAUUUGAGGAAUAACUUAGAAGUCUUGAUUGUAGAGCAUGGAAAGCAACAGUUGAAUGAUAAUAGAAGAAAGUUUUUCAAUGAUAAGUUCAAAUCAUGCAUCUUACUUCAUGACAUGUUACGAUCUGUUUACAAUGAAUUGAGAUUUGUUAAUGAAGAAAUCAAAACAUUUGAUUUUAGUGUUUUUAGUGUGGUGACAUCUGGGUUAGAAAUGAAAAUUUUCUCGCUUUCAUUAGUAGCACCAGAGCUAUAUGUUCUACAAAAAAUUUCUCAGUAUUCCUUACCCAGAACUAUUCAUAGUUUCAGUUCAUUAUCCAAAAAUGCAUAUGAAUUAAUAAAAUUCCGUGUAAGUGCAUUUUAA